GUCAAAUUCAGCUGUCAAAUGUGUAUAUCAUAACCUUAAAGCCUAAAAUAACAUAAUUAGUACCCGUAGAUUUUGACUACCCCUCGUGGGGAAAGAAUUUUUGUAACAAAAUUACAUAAAUUGCAAGACGUGUAAACUCGACGCGUUCCUUAAAUUACAUUGAUUCCAAACAUAAAUUUGCAAUUCUCUUAAAUAUUAAUAAUGGGUAACACAAUCACCAGCGUCCGUAUGGAGGCAGCACCACAAAUGCCUAAAGAUCAUAUUCACGCCUCUGCCACGGGUGCUGCACCGCCACCAGAAUGUCCAAUGCACCAGAAAGGCGGUACAGUGCCACCACAACGGCAACAAGAAAAAUUUACCACCACUGCCACUGCACCAUCAGCAUCCGAGUGUCCGGUACAACAUGGUCAAAGUGAUAUUAAUCCACUCAAUAUGAUGCCACCUGCCAAUCAACAACCUGCACCAGAUCAACCCUUUUCGCUGUCCACAGAUCGUCAAACAUCGAGCAUACCGAAAGUGACAGAAGAUGGUACCCAGCAGUUUUGGCAAUAUCCAAGUCAGCAAAUGUUCUGGAACGCAAUGUUAAGGAAAGGUUGGCGUUGGAAGAAUGAAGAUAUUUCACAGAAAGAUAUGGGUGACAUUAUUUUCAUUCACAAUGCCAACAAUGAGCAAGCCUGGAAGGAAGUACUUAAGUGGGAAGCAUUACAUGCUAAGGAGUGUGGCAAUCCACGUUUAAAGAGUUUUGGUGGUAAAGCUGCCGACUACAGUCCCCGUGCGCGCAUACGCAGCUGGCUCGGCUAUGAAUUACCGUUCGAUCGUCAUGACUGGAUCGUUGAUCGUUGUGGUAAGGAUGUGCGUUACGUUAUUGAUUACUACGAUGGCGGCAUUGUUGACAAGGAUUAUAAAUUUGCUAUACUCGACGUACGUCCUGCAAUGGAUUCACUCGACAAUAUGUGGGACCGCAUGAGAGUCGCCUAUAUGCGUUGGAAGUAUACAGCUUUGGACUCGAUAAAGGGCAAUCAGGCUGAAGCUAGUAGUGGCAAAGUUGAUCACUAAACUGAAGUGUCAUUGUCUCGUAUAUCUCGUAUUUGAAUGCAGGCGAUAUUUUAAUUUAUUUCAAACCUACUGGACUAACCUUUAAUAACUAUGUACAUACUAUAUAUUUAACUGAUAGGAUAUUCUAAUAAACUUUACGAAAACAAAAAAA